AUGAAUAUCCAGUCGCAGCUUGGUGAAGAUGUUCAUAACACAACGUUGUCCGAGUCCACCAUUUGUUUCCCAGCUCCCAGCCAUAAAUUGCCCCAACUCAAAUUGCCCACAUUUAGUGUGAUGGAAAAAGUGGAUGAAGAUACCAGAAGAAAGUGGAAAGAUUCCUUGGACUUUACCAGAUUGCCAACAUGGGAUGAUUGCUUCAAGGUCCUUGAAAGGCGUUGUCAAUUUUUGGAAUCGGUUGAUACCAACCAUACUUUUGUGGCCCCUCGUAAGCCUGAUCAUCAAUCUGGUAAGUCCAAAUCUAAAAAUUCAAAACCUGGCUAUACUUUUUCGGUAUCAAAACGCUCUUGUGUGCUUUGCUCCAAAUCUGACCACUCAAUUAGUCGUUGUUCUCGGUUCAAAGAUAUGGAUGUUAGUCAAAGGUAUGAAAAUGCAAAACGUCUAAGCCUUUGUCUAAAUUGUUUGUCCAAAGGGCAUCAAUUUGCUCAUCGGUCUCAGCCAGCUUCUCGGCCCUCGUCCCCUGCUGCUGAACCUACUACUUCUCAUGUUGCCUUGAAUGAAUCUUCUGCCUCGGUCCAUACCCAUAUGGAAAAAUCCUCGCCGGAACAGGUGCUGCUUGCUACUGCCAUGGUUCUAGUUCGUGACUCCACUGGUCGCUAUCAAUUGGGACGCGCUUUGUUAGAUUCUUGCUGUCAAUUGAAUUUCAUAACCGAUGAAUUUUCCCAAAAAUUACAUUUGUCUCGUACCAAACAAACUACUGAAGUCUCUAGCAUUGGUAACACUCUUAGCAAAUCUAAAUAUAGGUCGUCCACAAAUGUAAAAUCUCGAGUCACAGAUUUUGAAGUUUCCCUCUCAUUUUGUGUCACACCUCAUAUUUCAUAUCAACCUGAUAAUGAAUUAGAUGUCUCAUCCUGGAAUUUGCCCCCAAAUACUGAACUUGCGGAUGAAAACUUCUUCAAAUCAAAACGAAUUGAUUUACUUAUUGGUACUGAAACGUUUUUCGACAUUUUAGCAGUUGGUCAAAUAAAACUUGGCCCUAAUUUGCCUAAAUUACACAAAACACUUUUCGGAUGGAUUGUAGCAGGUCGUUAUGUAUCAAAACAACCCAAUAUUUGUGGCUCUUCUUCGCUUGUGGGAAUCGAUGAAGUUCAAUCUGGCUCAAAUGAUUUGACACCAGAACAAUCUGAAUGUGAAACAUUUUUCAAUGAUACUGUUCAUCGUGAAUCUUCUGGUAGGAUUGUUGUUAAAUUGCCCUUCAAGGAAUCUCCUGACGCUUUAGGUCUUUCUCGAAAUAUGGCUCUUAAAAGAUUUGUAUCUCAAGAGAGACGAUUUGCUCGUGACAGCAAUCUUAAAUCACAAUAUGUUGCUUUUAUGAAGGAGUAUGAAGAUUUUGGACAUAUGAGUCUAGUUCGUAGCCCUCGUCUACACGAGCCUCAUUAUUUCAUCCCUCACCAUUGCGUUUUCAAACCAAGUAGCACUUCCACAAAGUUAAGAGUUGUUUUCGAUGCCUCGUGUCCAUCAUCGUCCCAGAAGUCUCUCAAUGAUCUUCUUAUGGUUGGCCCAACAAUUCAAGAUGAGCUGGCACCACAUUUUGGCGGAUUGUGGGAGGCGGCCGUCAAAUCGGCCAAAGGUCCACUUAACCAGAACCCUGGACAACACAAGGCUCACCUACGAAGAACUCGCAACGGCUAUGAUUGA